AUGGAUCCAAGACUGAUCGCAUCCACUCAAAUCAGAAGCAUCGAAAAAUUGUAUGAGGUUAUACAUGAGAAUCCAUACAUUCUUGAAAUCAUUGAUGCGGUACCUUUCAUCAACACUCCUCUACAUGUAGCUUCUGCUUCUGGAAACCUUCCUUUUGCCAUGGAGUUGAUGAAUCUUAAGCCAUCUUUUGCUAGAAAACUUAACACACACGGGUUAAGUCCAUUGCAUCUUGCUAUAGAGGAAGGUCAUACACGUUUAGUUCUAAGUUUACUCAAGGUUGAUCCUGAUCUUGUUCGUCUCAAAGGAAGAGAAGGUACGACGCCGUUUCAUCAAGUAGUGAGAAGAGGAGAGACUGAUCUUAUGACAGAGUUUCUCUUAGCUUGUCCCGGUUGCAUUAAAGAUGCAAACGUGAAGGGUGAAACCGCUCUACACAUGGCGGUUUCAAACGAUAGAUGUGAAGAGCUCGAAGUACUCUUGGGAUGGGUCCAAAGACUUCGUCAGGUGGAUGCAGAAUCGCUAGAGAUGCAGUUUUUAAACAAACGUGACCAAGAAGGUAACACAGCCUUGCACAUAGCAGCUUAUCAGAACAGAUUCAAAGCAGUGAAGCUACUAGUAAAAUGUUAUGCGGUUAACCGGAACAUCCAUAACCGGACCGGUUUAACCGCUCUAGACAUCUUAGAUAGCCAGAGAGAGCAUCACACAAACAGAAAGAUCGAAAACAUUCUUCGAAAAUCGGGAGGUAAAAGCGGAAAAUCUCUUCCAAAAACCAAGAAAGUGUCGGAAAUAUUGAGAUAUCCGAUUAGUUUCACUGAGCAUUUGUUCACGCAGACAGCGAGGUAUAGGAACCAGACACCAGAAGGAUCAAGAAGCGCGCUUCUAGUGAUAGCCGCACUGAUAAUCACAGCUACUUAUCAAACAGCUUUGCAGCCACCAGGAGGUGUAUACCAAGCAAAUGCAUCAGAUCAUGAAGGUCAUACUAAUAGUAGUAGUAAGAAGAGUGUUGUUGGUACUGUGGUGAUGGACCAGAGAUAUUUCUAUGUGCUUCGGAGUGUGAAUAGUAUGGCUUUCGUUGGAGCCAUUUUCAUGGCGUUUUGUUUGUUACCAGCUGGUGAAGGCUACGUAUGGUCGUUUCUAUGGAUAGCAGUGCCAUUGUAUGUUUCUUACUUGGUCUCGAUGUCGGUUAUAUCUACAGAUACAAUGUGGUUCUUCUCGGUUAGUGCCGGUUCGGUUAUAAUCGUUGUUCUUGCGUACAUGGUUGUGUUUUUCUUGCGGUGGAAACGGUCCAAGAAGAAGAUACCUGGAACAAGAAGCGAGUUGAUUCUUGAAGGUUUUACAAGUUUGGAUAUGGCCAAAGGAGUGGAGUGUAUUUGGUCAUCUUCCUCUCUUGCCCGAUUUCUUCUUCUCCGGCGGCGAGAAAGAGCACUCCUUCGCCGUCCUUUUUCUCUUCUCCGUUCUCGUCCGCGAGCGCUCGCCGUGCUUGCAUCUGCUCUCCGCUCUCCUCGUCAUCAUUCGCCGUCUCUUAAGUCGUCCUCUGUUCUCAUCGUCUUUCUUAUCCGCAAAUCACUUGCUCUAGUUACUCACAAGCUUAUUCCGGUGAAUGGAAAGUCGCCAGAGAAGACGAAGAAGCUGCAUGCUUCAGGUAAUCUUUCUCCGUUCAAGAGAGAUAUCGAUGAGCUCAUAGACGAGUUUGUGGAGGGUGAUUUGACAACGUUUGAUGAGAUGAAGAGUGUGUGGCUAUCUCGAAAGUUUUCUUACAUAUUUGAAGCCAUUCCUGACACCAAGUUAGCCUUUUUCAUGCAGUCACUGUAUGCUCAUACCAUCGGUCACAUGGUUAGUAUUGAUUCUUUUUCACGGAGACUUGGAGGUCUUUACUGUCUCUAUUGCCUUCAUGAGAUCCAACCUUUUAAACCCAAGUUCCGGAUUUAUAUCUCACUUCAAGAGCUUGGAAAAUUUAGGGAUCUUGUAGUUGAGGCAAAAGAUAAAGGUGUAGAGAUAGCUACUGUUGUGGCGAAACAAAUGCUUGACAAAAACGUGUUUAUAUUUGGAGCUGUGGACGUUAACGAAGUGUCUGCAACCGAGAAACGCUAUCAUUUAACAGAGAUUCAGAACGCAUGUAUACGCUUAGCCUAUGGAAAAUUAACCUCUGACACCGAGAUUGAGAAAUUCAUUCAUUUGGAUAUGGGUAAUGAAGUUGAUCUGAGUUCUCUACAUAAAAGGUCUAUAGAGUACGCAGAGGCCAAGAAGCGUGCUAUCAAAAGUGCAGGAGAAAUAGUGGAGGUUGAGGACAUAAAGCACAUAUCCGAAGAGAAAGAGUUGAUGGGGGAGAGAGUGGAGAAACUGAAAGAGGAAUGGGAUUCACAAAGAUGUUCAUUCUAUGAACAAACCAAGCUUGAUUCUUUUACGGCAACGACAGAGGAACUUCUGAAGGAUGUUGAACAUGAUGAGGAUGAUGGGUUUGAUGAGCUUGAUCACCUACUUUUCCAUAGCUGA